CCUUGAGGGAAAUAGAAUCGCUAUCAUCGAACUGAGAGUAGGCCGUUAAAGAUAAACAAGGGAGGUGUUGACCUCAUAUUACUGAGGAAUUAUGACGAUCGCGACCCAAGAUACUAUAUAAUGGCUGGUACUAAUGGUGUGGUUGGAGGUCAGUGGAGCUCAGAAUAAAAUCGGAACGUCGAACCAUCAUGGAGGAAUAUUUAAAAUUCACAAAGGAUGCUCAGCAUCACUUGUCUUCCUACCAGAAAGUUCAUGUUGUCCUUGGUAACGAGGCGUGUGACCUUGACUCUGUCAUAUCGGCUAUUGUGUAUAGCUACUUCAGUCAUAAAACACUGAAGGAGGAAAGUUGUCUUGUUGUUCCUGUUCUAAAUAUACCCAGGAAAAAAUACCCUCUCCGGACAGAGACUACAUUCUUCCUGGGCAAACAAGGCAUCUCGGCUGACCUUUUGACCUUUCGAGAUGACCUUGACCUGUCAAAUCUUAACAGCUGUAAGCGUCUAGUCCUGACCCUAGUAGAUCACAAUGUGCUGCCAGCUUUAGAUGCUGCAUUGGAAGAUGCUGUUACUAUGGUGAUUGAUCAUCGUCCUCGACAGCGACCGGAGGAUGACAAAGUCUGUGUUAUCAUUGAUGUCGUUGGGUCUUGUUGUACUUUAAUCGCUGAAGAGCUCCUGAUAAACAAUGAAAACUUCGUCAUGGACCAUGAGGUGGCUCUCCUACUUUACGGAACGAUUUUGGUAGAUACUAUUAAUCAGAGCCCAGCUGCUGGGAAAACCACUCCCCGAGACACGGCUGUCAUUCAGACUCUAGAAGGCUGGGUCCCUAACCAGGAGGGGAAAGAACUCUACGAACAGAUCCAGAAAGCAAAGUUUAACUUGACAGGACUAAGUAACACUGAUAUACUGGAGAAAGAUUUAAAGAUUGUGACAGGCAGUUGCUGUGUGGUUGCUAUGGCGUCUGUUUCUAUGGAAAUGCGGGAGUUCAUCAGCAGGACAAAUUCUAUAACAGAUUGUCAGGAUUUCCUCCAUGACAAAGGAGCAGCCAUAUUAGUGAUGAUGACGCUGUAUCAGGAUGCUGUAGGGGAGCCUCGAAGACAGCUGGCUGUAUACCCAUCAGACAGCGACUUAGCUCGCCAGCUCACAUCAACACUAGAGAAUUCUUUUGACCCGAAUCUCGGGCUCUUGACACUUCCUGUCAGCCAUGAUGGAAUAUGUUGUUACACCCAGGAAAAUGUGAAGGCAUCUAGGAAGAAAGUGUUACCUCUUGUUUCCGCAUUCUCUAAUACUCCUACAGUAGUCUCCCCUGACAAUAAUACAAAUCAGAACAGUACCAGUGUAGCUGUAAACAGUAAAUAUUCCCACAUGGUCCCGACAUUAAACUUUGUAAAUUUGGACGAUGACCUUGGAGAGUUGAAUGAGGCGGAUGUUUUGGAAUCUCCACGGACACCUGAUAUCCUGGUAACUGGAGUGAAUGGAUGUUCGGGAAAUUCCUCAGCGACUGCGUCCCGUCCUGGAUCAGGUUUUCCUAGUUAUCCCGUCACACCUCCCAAUAGUUUCAUGGACAGUGGGUUUAUGGGUAAGGAACAGACGUUACCCAGUUUUAAUAGUUCUGAAAUGUUGCGUAAGAUCCAGGAUAAGAAGGCUUCUCUGACGGCCAGCAGUGGAAAUCCAUCCUGUAGCGGAUCGGCUGGGAACAGUGUGCCGUACACACCACAAAACAGUGUUAUUGACGGGGGAUUUGACUGGUACGCAAAGGAACAAAACCUACCGAGUUUUAACAGUUCAGACAUGGUACAGAAGAUUCAACAGAAGAGGUCGUCAAUGGGAGAUAACUCUGACUUCAGUCUGGGUGGGGAUUUGAUUAUGUCACAGGGAAGCAGACAUAAUGACUUUGUACCAUUUACACCACAGAACAGUUACAUGGAGACCAACAGGUUCAGUUCUUACAUGGAUCAGUCUGUUGAUCCCGGACUACUGAGCUCACACUUAGAGGCCAUUAAAGGUCACAGUUCAGAGGUCAGAAGUCACAGCCCAGAGGUUGUGACCUCUUGUCAAAAUGUGACUCAUUCUAACUUUUUCAGUGAUAGUGUUACUGAUAUGAGUAAUUCUGAUAAGACUGAUAAUCUGAAGUCUGACCUUGAAUCAGACCAAGGUCAGCCUGUAGGUGAUACUAAUGUAGUUGCCAUGGAGAUAGCACUUGCUAUGUUGAAGGAUGCCAGCGGAGAUGAUGUAGGAUAUGAUGAGUCAGAUUCAACAUUCGACAAAGAUGAUCCUGGUGGCUAUGGUAACCAGGGGUCACAUGAAGGUCAAAAUCAAGGUCAUAAUAGAGGCAAUAUUAACCAAGGUGAAGGUCGCUCACCACAAGAUGACCUGACUGGUGACAAAAGGAAAGGGUCAGGCGAUGAAGUACAUGAGGAGCUUGUGUUUAAGGAAUAUGUGUAUUCUUUAGCGGGACAGAUGAUAGCAAAUGCUGUAGAAAUAUUUCCGAAUAUGUCUAAUCCUGAUGUGGCCAAAAGCAUCAUGGGAAUCCUUCAACCAAGCAUGGGAGAGAACUCUUCUUAUCCUCUAGAAAUGGCAUUUAACAAAGGUCUAAAAUUUCCAGUUCAGUUAAAGAAAACACCAAGUUCAGCCUCCAUUACAGUAGAGACUGAUUAUCUCUCUCGUAUUGACCCCCUCAAUGGUAACCUUGACCUUGCGACCUCAGGCGAGAAGGAAGUAAUUGAAUGUACCAGCUUCAGGAAGAUCAGCGGUGACAAGGAUAUAGAUCAGGCUCUUCAGGGGAAAUCCUGGUAUAGUGUUGUCGAGAAUUUGGAGGCCAUUCAAGGAAACUCAGCACCUAACACAACUGAUCAGGAUGGUAAUAGUUCAUCAACAUUACCAAAAAACUUUGAGGCCUCUAAAGGGUCAUGUUUAUCAGAUAUUCCAAGAAACUUUGAGGCAUCUUCAUCUAAUUUACCCAAAAAUAUAGCGGCACUCAGGAAGAAUUCUUCAGAUAACGCAGAUGAUGAGUCAAGUUUGGUACAUGUGGAAAAUUCUACCACACAUUCAAAUUGUGAUAAUUCGUCGAUGUACUUAGACAAUACACAAAAUGGAAGCGAUUUGUCUCUGUGUAGUGGAGAGGUGGCCAGACUGUCAACUGUUACCAGUGUAGAGCAGUACGCUAGUCAUCUCAUCAGGGAAAUCUUAGCAACAGCGAUCGCCGUGGUAACAAAGGCAGGUCCUUUGUCCUCUGAGGUCUUAGAAUUUGAUAGGCCUGGACAGGAUGAUAAUGGUGGUAAUUAUGUUUUUGAAGAGAAAGACCAAUCAGAACUCUCUGAUGAAAUGCAGGAAUUAUAUCCAUUGGCUGUAGGUGACAGCUCUGGUGCUAAUACAUUACCACUAGGUGGAGCCACCAGUAUGGUGGCGCCAGUAGAUGGCACUUCGUCAGACAGUUCCGACAGCUGUUCAACUACCACUGAAGGAAGUUACAGAAUCAUGAUGACUCCAGAUACAGAAAAUCUUGAAGGUCAAACUACCAAUCAAAGUCAAGGUCAUGAAGUAAGUGGUACUGACAGGACAGGACUUCUGAAUAGUCGGAGGAUUCGAGGGCUUUCCACUGAGGAGAUUGAGAAAUGGAAUGAAAAUGGACAUACGGAAUCGGCUGAAAUGUGUAACAACCAAAAAGUAGAGAAUGUAGAUAAUGAGGAUGAAGUGUCAAGGAAAGCUUCACCUCACCAUUCUAACACUUUAGAAAACAAUAAUAAUUCUGUGGAAGGAAUGUCUCAGUCUGUCAACAUAUCAGGUUACAAUGGUUGUGAUUCUAAGGGGGAUAACUCUAGUCAAAUUAAGAAAUUAAGUAAAGUACAGGGAGAGAACUCUAUAGCUAAUGGUGCCAAAUCAGAAAAUGUUUCUCAUCCAGCAGUGGAGAUCAAUAAUGUGCCAAAAAUUGAUACAGACAGCCAUAAUAUUAAAGUGACACCUAGUGAGAGCCUGGGGGAGAAGGGGGAUAACUCCAAACACAAACCUAGCAUUACAGAACAGAGCUAUGUUGAAAAUAGAGCUAUGAAGCAGCCGAAGUCUCUCAAAGAUGGCGAUAUAGUGGUUAAAGUUGCUGUUGACUGUCUUAACUUACAAACAUCUACAACAUGGGGGCUGGAGAAUAGUCAGCCGGGGAAGCCAGCCGAAUCCAUGACUGCUAACUCCAAGGAUCGUCUGCGUGGCAUUGAAUUUUCGGAGGAAUGGCAGGAUGACGACAUUCCAGGGAUGCCGCCGACUGUGGAAGAGGAUGACGAUGACUCGUCAGAAUCUUCAGGGUCAAGGUCGCGGCACAGUAGUGGUUCGAGUCAGGGAGAAGGACCAGUGAGGCCUUCCAAUAUGACUGACCUUCAAAAGAAAAAGAAGAUGGCUGCCAAUGACAACAUUCUGACUGAGGACAUGGGGAAUGACCUUGACCCAGCGCUUCUCGGGGAACUCGAAUGGGAGAAUGACACUCCCAUUAAGAGCCCAGCUGAACCUAUCCCACAAUACACUGCUGAGGAGGAGAGACAGGAUGCCAAACUAUGGAGACUUGUCGAAAUCUCUGGUCGAGAACAGAAAAUUGAUCUCACCAUCAUUGAACCGUUCAAGAGAGUUUUGUCUCACGGAGGUUACUAUGGUGAUGGCCUGAAUGCUAUAAUUGUAUUUUCUGGAUGUUACCUGCCUGACAGGAGUCGAAAGGACUACAACUACAUAAUGGAUAACCUGUUUCUGUACGUUGUCAGUACAUUAGAACGCCUGGUCGCCGAGGACUACAUGAUCGUGUACUUCCACGGCGCGACACCACGCAGACAGAUGCCAAGCUUCAGCUGGUUAAAGAAAUGUUACCAGAUGAUAGACAGAAGACUACGGAAGAAUCUAAAGGGUCUACUACUCGUCCACCCAACACUGUGGCUGAAAACCAUUGUUAUCAUGACCAGACCGUUCAUAAGUUCCAAGUUCAGCUCCAAGCUGCGGUUUGUCAGGUCCCUACAGGAGCUGGCCAGCCUGGUCCCUAUGGAAUAUAUCUACGUCCCUGACCAUGUACAAAAGUUUGAUGAUAAAUUAACAAAGCACUCACCACAAGCUUCCACGACGACCUCUGACCCUGCACCUUUGACCCCCACAAGCCCUUGACCCUGCACAGGUCAAUGCUGAGUUUAAAUUCCACUCUUAGAUACACAGAGUACAAAGAAAUCUGGGCUCAGAGGCAAAAAAAGACAACAGGAGAAAAAGGAACAGAAAGAAAGAAAGAACAGAAACAAAAGGAAAACGGACAUUGUAGGAUGAAUGUUGAACUUCCCAGCAGUGAAACACUACAGCAAGUUUAUCUAGUUAUUAUCUGUAUAUAAUGUUGAUAAUUUUGUGAAAUCUUAUCAGUUAUUGUAAUUUAUAUAAUCUCGUUUUAAUUCAUUAUAACAUUUACAAGGUCACUACUGUUACACUGUGAUUUGUUUCUACGCAAGUACAACAUUUUAACAUCAAAACCUUCGUCACUUUGUCUUCAGUUGCUAUCAUGUUUCUUUGUACACUUAAUCAUGGUAACGGAAUAUGAAUCAGGACUGAUUUCUAUAGAAAUUACAGUCUGUGAACGUCAGGCACAUAUCUAUAGAAAAAACGGGUCUGUGAACAUUAGGACAAAUUUCUAUAGAAAUUACGGUCUGUGAACAUCAGGAGCAAUUUCUAUAGAGAAAAGGUCUGUGAACAUUAGGACCGAUUUCUAUAGAAAUUACGGUCUGUGAACAUCAGGAGCAAUUUCUAUAGAAAUUACGGUCUGUGAACAUCAGGAGCAAUUUCUAUAGAAAUUACGGUCUGUGAACAUCAGGAGCAAUUUCUAUAGAAAUCACGGUCUGUGAACAUCAGGACCGAUUUCUGUAGAAAAUACGGUCUCAUAAAAACAUGAAGACAUGCACAGAUACUGCUGAACACAAUCUACAUUGUAAUAGCUGACAAGGAUUUAUAUCCAAAACGCAAUGUACCGUGAACAUGAGGACGGAUUUGUUUGAAAUUAAGUGCUACAAAAUAUCUUGUAAACCUAUAGAUUCUUUUUAUGUAUAUUUUGUUGCCCUAUCAUUUAAGCUACACUUUUAACCAAUUAUUUGUUAUUAUAAUAUGAUAUGUGAGUAUCUUUGCUUGCCAUGAAGCUGGACAAACCUUAGAUAUGUUAUAUUUAUAAACAGUGAUACUGUAUGUAAGUCCAUCUAAAUAUUGCCAAAGAAUUAUUUUUAUAUAUUUAAAUAUAGUUGGACAUUGCUGUCACUUUUUUUCCUGGUAAACCAAUUUUCUAGAUUUAAUAUUGUAACUCCAUAUUUAUCCUCAAAUACGCCCCUCCCUUAGAGUAGAGGUUUAGUAUUAGAGAUUUGAGAGGGCUAUUUUGUGGACCACUUUUAAGUCAUCAUUUUAAAAUGUCAGAUUUUGCAGUUGGCAGGGGCUUAUUUGUGGAUAAAUAUGGUAAUUAGGCAAAAUAUGAAUGUCUUCCUCAAUGGAGUCCCUUGCUGAUAUGAUAUGAUUGUCAGAUGGAAAAUACUCUUAUUACAUCAUUCUAGAUUUUCAUCAAUUCCUAUGAAGUGUUGUGGUCAGAAGUGUGAGGAUUGAUAACGUUCCAUUUUAUGCUGAGGUAUAAGACUCAGUGUUGUAUGUAUUCAACCAAGAGUUGUACAUAUUCAACCCAGAGUUGUACAUAUUCAACCUAGAAUUGUAUGUAUUCAACCCAAGGUUAAAUGUAUUUAGUUCAGGGUUGAAUGUAUUCAACCCAGGGUUGUAGAUAUUCAACCUAGAAUUGUAUGUAUUCAACCCAAGGUUGAAUGAAUUUAAUUCAGGGUUGAAUGUAUUCAACCAAGAGUUGUACAUAUUCAACCCAGAGUUGUACAUAUACCCAAGGUUGGAUGUAUUUAGUUCAGGGUUGAAUGUAUUCAACCCAGUACCCAGGGUUGUAGAUAUUCAACCUAGAAUUGUAUGUAUUCAAUCCAAGGUUGAAUGUAUUUAAUUCAGGGUUGAAUGUAUUCAACCCUGUGUUGUAGACAUUCAACCUAGUAUUGAAUGUAUUCAACCCAGAGUUGUACAUAUUCAACUCAGGGUUGCAUGUAUUUAACCUCUACCUAGAGCUGUUCUCCUUCAACCAAGGGUUGAAUGUAUUCAACCCAGGGUAGAACAUAUUCAGCCCAAAGUUGUACGUAUUCAAACCAGAGACUUCAAUGAAGUCAGUUUGUGUGAAUAUGAACAUAAUGUAUGUAUAUAAAGACAUCAUGCAUAGUUUUAUUUUCCUUGUAAGAAAUCUGGCCCUAUGAUAAGUCACAGGUCAGGUGUGAUAUUUUUUGUGUUGUGUGCCAUUCUGUGUUGAGAUAAAGGUAUGUAAUUAUUUGUGUGUGAGGUGUGUAUAUAUAUAUAAAGUAUACAGUGGAUAGAAAAUUUAUCGUUACACUUCACUGAACAAGAAAUUAUAAAUUUAUUUUGAUAACUUACGAUAUUAUAUGUUGAUGUCUCAGAUCUACUAUUUAAUCUUAUUGAGGAAUCUACAUUACCGUGUGACAAAACAAUUAUCAUCAAUUCUUUAUAAUUUAGUCAGAUUAUUUUUAUCUAUGACAGACUAUCAAAUGUUAAACUACUAGAUCUAAUGACAUUUAUUGAUAUUAAAUAAUUUUCUUUAAGGUAUACUAUAAACUUGGUAAGGGGAGGUAAUCAAUGUUACUUCAAGCUAUACUUGGUAGAGGGGAGGUAAUUCAUGUGCUUUAGCGUGUUGAUAAAAGAUUUUCUCGGUGAUUGUUGAUGAGUGAGGGUAAUACAAUGGUGUCCUAGAUAUAUUGAUAAGGACGAUUAUUCAUAGGAUCCAACAUGUACAUUGACAUGAAGCGCCCAUUAGUGUACGCCUUAGUUAGAAUCCGUUGCCUAUCGUAGAUUUUGUUUUUUCUUAUCUCCACUUCCUGAGAUCCACUAUUAGAUACUGUGACAGUACAUGUAAAUAGCCAUUUUAUUUGAAAUUAUCUUCUCAAUAUCUUUACCACACUGUUUGCUUCCUUAACAAUAUUGACGCUUCAUCUCACCUGUAAUCAUCAUAAAAAUGGAAUGAUUCAUAAAUCAGCUAAACCAGUGAGGGCUUUUUUGGCCAGGAUCCUGACCAAGAGGGUGACCCUCUCCCGUCUUAGUAUUAAGGAGUGCCACCUGGUGGAGAUAAAUGGUACUAAGGGAAGUAAUCUAGUCUAGUGACUCUUUAACUAGGUGGUGAUUUAAUGAGGAAGGUAGUUAACUAUUGUCAGUAUUCAAUACUAUAUUUCUGGUGUGAGGUUAAUGUGAACUGCUGAUAAAUAUUACCCCUAUUGAUAUUAAUGGAUCUUUCCAAAAUAAAGGUUUUUUGUUAACGAUAGGAUAUUGGAGGGAUGGAAGGGUGUUAUGUGUCUUCCAACAAAUAGUAUUAGUUGGUGCAGCAUUACAAUAUCAUGUUCCAUUCAUUGUGUUGUCAUGUUUGUUUACAUUUUAAAUUGUUACAUUCUGAUUAGAAUGAUCAUGUUUGACUUGAUGACUCUGUCGUCAUCUUGAGAUACCCACGGCUGAUUGGACUAUUCUGCCCUACGUUUAAGUGUAGAGUAGUAUAAUGUAAUGGGCCAUGAGUAUCAGACGGCACUCUGUGGGGUUUCUGCUUGCAUUUCACAAUUUUAUAAAUGAAAUGAUAUUGAAUUAUUUUUGCAUUUUUAUCGUAAAUGUUGCACUCUAUUUUGAUUAUUUAAAAAAAACUAUAAAACAAUCGCAGGUAAACUUUCCCAAAUUAGACAGGAAAAUGCUUCCAACAGGUAAAUGUAUUAUUUAUAGAAUGUUGCCAACAGCUGCUUUACUGAAAAUGUUUACAAGCGGGUACUAUAAAUAGAAUGUCCUUACCAAGGCUAUAUCUACCUGCUGUCGACAGGUACAUUUGUAGAUUCAUUGUAUUAACAGGUAAAUAUUCCUCAGUGGUAAAUGUAAUUUUCGACGUUUCCACAGAUGUUGCCAUACUGUAAUUGUUAGGUACUAUAUACCCUAGUUUAGUGAGAUAUUUCACUGAAACCUUCUGUUGUGUUUUAUAUCACCGAUCACAUUGUAUAGAGUGUUUAUAUCAGUCAUCUUAUUUCUUAAUUGCAGAUAUUAAACAUUUCAUUGUACCCGACUGUUUUACAGAAAUUAUACAUUGUAUUUCCCUGUAACAGAAUCUAAACAUGUCGUCGUAUUCCCUUGAUGAAUUGAAACCAAAAUUCUGUGAUGUUUGCCAUUCACCAAUAUUUUGCACCUGAUGUUUAAGUUUGGUAACACAUGUUCUAUGUACCAAGAGGUAUUCUAUAUAGUAACAUGAUUGUACAACCAUGUUCUAUGUAGUAACACAUGCUCUAUGUACCAAGAGGUAUUCUAUAUAGUAACAUGAUUGUACAACCAUGUUCUAUGUAGUAACACAUGCUCUAUGUACCAAGAGGUGUUCUAUAUAGUAACAUGAUUGUACAACCAUGUUCUAUGUAGUAACACAUGCUCUAUGUACCAAGAGGUGUUCUAUAUAGUAACAUGAUUGUACAACCAUGUUCUAUGUAGUAACACAUGCUCUAUGUACCAAGAGGUGUUCUAUAUAGUAACAUGAUUGUAUAACCAUGUUCUAUGUAGUAACACAUGUUCUAUAAAGUAAUAUCUGUUUAUAGUAACACGUCUUCUAUGUAGUAACACAGGUUUUAUGUAGUAACAUGUGUUCUGUGUAGUAACACAUGCUCUAUGUACCAACAGGUUUUCUAUGUGGUAAAACAUGUUCUAUGUAGUAACAUCUGUUCAAUUAAGUAACGUGCGUUCUAUGUAGUAACAUGUUUUCAACAUAGUAACGUGUUUUCAACAUAGUAACAUGUGUUCUUUGUGGUAACAAAUAUUCCCUUGGUAACAUCUGUUCUAUUUAGUAACGUUUUUAACAUAGUAACAUGUGUUCUCUAUGGUAACACAUAUUCCCUGUGGUGACAGAUUAAUUGUUAUUAAGAUAUAUAGUAUGAGUGAAAAGUAUUGCUUAUAUUUUAACCAGAUUUUAUUGUGACGUCAUCAUGUAAGUGAUCAAUAAACAUGAAAUAGAUUCCA